GGUGCAAAAGUCCACCUCCCAUUUCUUUGACUUCAAGAAUGAAGCCAUUGAAAAUGAACACAACUGUACUUGCAAGGAGAAAUUUAAAUAAUUUUGGAGCGAGGCUUACCUCUCCAGCUCAAAAAGAAAAGAAUUCCAAAAUACCAUCUUUUUCAUGGGAAAAUAAGAAAAAGACUGCAAACUAUAAGAGUAAGAGGAGAGCUCUCCAAAGACCACUGGACAUUCUCAAAAAUAAAGUCAAAUCUCUUUCUCCCUUCCAAAGAAAGAUAAUCCAGUCAGCUUACCUUCAUUCAAUUGAGUUAAAGAGUAAGGUAAUGAAGAAGACUGAAAAGAGCAAUAAAAGUUCGGGUAAUGAAGAAUUCGGGCAUCUAGCCCCUGCGAUCAAUAAGUUUAACGAUCUGACCAGAAAGGUAAUGGAUGCCAAAUGCGCUUCAGGGCCUUGUAAAUCCUCCUUCGUACUGAACAAAAAGUUAGAGACAAUCAAACUCAUCAAAGAGAGGAUUUGACCAUUUGAUAAACAAACCAGAGCCUUCAGCUGUGACACAGAUAAUGAAUUUACUGCCUAGAGAGCUCCCAGGCUGCUAAUAACUUUGUUGACGCAAUUUUAUACCUAAACUGCUUUUAUUGGUUUAUGGGUUUUAAGUUGGUUUACCGAUGC